CCCGCCCCCAGUGACAAGAUGGCGGCUCACAGGGGGUGGCGGUUGGUGCGGCAGGGCUGCCGGUUGCUGCACACUGAGCUCUCCGCGGCCCCUCAGCCUCCGUCUCCGCUCUACCCGCCUGUGGUCGCCUCCCACACGGCCAAGAGCAAGUCGGCCAAGCGCCGCCGGCUGGAGUAUUUCUACCAGCAAGUGCACGAGGCGCCCUCCAUCGCGGAGAAGCUGCGGCUCUACGGCCGGCUGCAGCGGCUCAAGUACGUGGUUUACCCGCAGACCUUCUCCCUGAACGCGGACCGCUGGUACCAGAGCUUCACCAAGACCGUCUUCGUGCCGGGGCUGCCCCCCGCGGGAGCGGAGCCGGCGAGCCCCGGGGCCCCGGAUCUGAGCGAGUUGCGUUCCCUGGCCUGCGACGCGCUCCUGCAGGAGCAUUUCUACCAGCGCAAGCGAGAGCGACCCUUCCUCUACCGAGAGCAGCAGCACGUCCCGGCCCCCUUCCUCACCCAGCUGGUCAUCUCCCUCACCACCGCGCUGGGCAGCCGCAACCCGCUGCUCGCAACCUCCUGCUUAGAUUUAAAACCAGAGGUUAACUUCUAUUGGGAGCGCGGUGAGACUGUUGUUUGUCGAGGCUAUCGAACUGGUAGAAUCGAUCCAGUGAGAUUUCAGAUAGACGACAAACCACAUAUCCAGAUCCGCGUGCCAAGACAGCUUCCAGAGUUUGUACCAUUAGAUUAUUCAGUCCCUGGAGAAGUUCCUGUUGUUAAUCACAAACCAGACAAACUUCCACUGUUCAAAAGACAGUACGAUAACAAGAUAUUUAUAGGAUCAAAAGUGGCAGAUCCAUGCAGCUAUGGUCAUACGCAAUUUCAUUUGAUUCCUGAUAAACUGAAAAGGGAGCGAUUAUUAAAAGCAAGCCUUGCUGAUCAAAUUGAAGUAACUUAUCGAGCUAAUGGUAUUGCAAGUCUCUUUGCUUGGACUGCAGCACAAGCUAUGUAUCAAGGAUUCUGGUGUGAGGCAGAUGUGACCCGUCCCUUUGUAUCGCAGGCUGUGAUCACUGAUGGAAAAUACUUUGCUUUCUUUUGUUAUCAGCUGAAUACCUUAGCACUAACUGUACAAGCUGAUCAAAAUAAUCCUCGGAAGAAUAUCUGUUGGGGAACAGAAAGUAAGCCCUUAUAUGAAGCUGUGGAAGGCAAUAACGUAAAAGGUUUUAAUGAUGAAAUUCUGCUUCAGUUAGUUCAGUUUCUGCUAAACAGGCCAGAGCAAUUGUAAAUUAGGCUACCAAAGGCUUGUUUAAAUGCCUGGGCUUCACAUCACAUUUCAUUUGACUUCUGAUGGAAUGGUUCUUCAUGUUUAUUCAAGGGUGUGUGUGUGAGAGAGAGAGAGAGACUGUAAACAAGAAAAUGUAUUCUGUGAUUUCUUGUGGGGCUUAUUCUCACACACUCACCAAAAUAUGUGGUGCUGUACCUUGAAAAUAAACAUCGACUAACUUAA